AUGUCUUUUGUCCUAAAUGGAGCUAUUAAGGAUAUCGAUGAUCCACGGGAUCACGAUGUUGAUAUGGCGAAGAUGAACAUGGAUAUGGCCGACUUGACUGGUUCAUUCGAUGUUACUGUCAACCCCCCAACGGGUCUAGACAAGCCCUAUGAGUUGAAGCACUGUUACAACCAGUUGCAAGUCAACUCAUGCACCUCAAAUGCCAUAGCUUUGGCAUACCGGUUCGAGCUUCAGCGGCAGCAGGCGGCGGAUUCGUCAUUCAAGCCUUCGCGCCUCUUCCUACACUAUGUAGCUCGUUAUGCUGAAGACAACGCAACACCCCAGGAUAAAUCGCCCGAAGGCGUUGUCAAAGCCGAAUUCUAUGAGCGUCUUGCCAACUCACCCCCUACAACCCCUGAGAUGGUAGAUAAAGGGGCCAUGCCUCGCGACGUCAUCAAGAUCGUAACAAGCCUGGGCGUGCCACAGGAGGCUGCAAAUGCCACAGAUAUCGUGAGCACCCCCAGCAGUUGGCCGUAUGACGAGAACUUUGUUUCGCUGGUUCCGAAUUUUCAAGCCUUCCAAGCCGCCACCUUGCACAAGGGCUUGAACUAUGCGCGCCCUCACCUUGAUCCCAGCAUGAGUGACCAUUCCAUCAAUUGUUGGAAGGGCUGUAUCAAGUCUGGCUACCCUGUCGUGUUUGCAUUUUUGACAUUCCCGUCACUGGCUACCAAGGGCUACGAUCCCCGCCAGGACCCUUUCGUCUUGUCAUUGCCUCUAGAGACGAGUGCAGCUCAAGCGACAGGCGGUCAUUGUGUUGUCGCUAUCGGCUGGAAUGAUUCCGUUAGUACUGGUAAUGGAGUGACAGAGGGCUGCUUCUUAAUCCAGAAUUCCUGGGGAGAAAUAGGACUUGAUGGAAAAGGGCGGUUUUGGCUCCCAUAUACUUGGUUUGGUCGAGAUGGAUAUCUUUAUAGCCCAUGGACUUUCAUGAAAGGUGUUUCAAAGUAG